AUGUUUGCAAAAUUGCUUCUCUUUCUCGCCGUUGCUUUCGUAGCUACGAAUCCAGCAUCUGCAGUGCCUUGCGAUUAUGAUUUUUGCCCGAACGGGAUCACAAACCCAAUCGGAACUGUGACAGUUACCGAAGGUGAAGCGCCCUGCUCAUCAAUUGUUAUUUUCAAUAAUGCUGAUGCACUUUCGGAAGAAGAAUGUGCAGAUCUUCCAGCAGCCGAAAUCAUUUGUUGCCCAACGAAACAAACAGCGCAGAACUGUUUUUUGUGUGGCAGUGAUAUGACUUUUAAUGAAACCAAAAGAUGGCCACUGAUUUUGGGUGACCCGACGCCAGCUUGUGGCGUGAUUGAUAACCAAUUGUCAUAUCUCAAUUCGACUGCAACUUGUGACAGUGCCAAAUCUGAGUUCUUCGACCCCGACUUUGACAUAAUGUCAUAUUGCGAAUGCGAAAAUGUCGCCCCUCCAGACAUUUGCAAGCCCUGCGAUGAAAACCAAGAGGUCAACAUGAAUGCGAUCCUUUUCGACAACCCCGAUGCGGAAGAUCCUCGGGUAUCGUGUGGUGCAGCGUUCGAUUUCGCUAGAAGUAUUGCGAACAAGACCAAUUGUGCGUCAGUUGAAACCGAUCAAGUUAGGAAAACAUGUUGCAUCGAUAAGGUAUACGAUGGAAUUGGGGCGUCCGGUGGAAUCAGCUUAUCUUUGGAUAAGUUUGCUAUGGUAUUUGGUGUCGGGCUUGCGUUGUUUGAGUUUGCCAUUUGA